AUGAAAAUAUGUAUGCAAAUCUUAUGCUUCUUUCUUUUACUAACCUUGUACAAAUGUGCAGUGAUCACUGGGGCCUGUGAAAGAGAUCUGCAGUGUGGAAGUGGGACAUGUUGUGCCAUCAGCUUGUGGCUCCGUGGGCUUCGUAUGUGCACUCCAUUGGGGCGUGAGGGAGAUGAAUGCCACCCUAUUAGCCAUAAGGUCCCUUUCUUUGGAAAACGACAACAUCACACCUGUCCUUGUUUGCCAAAUCUCAUAUGUUCUAAGUUCACUGGUGGUCGAUACCGAUGCUCAAUAGACUUCAAGAACAUGGAUUUUUAAUGAAAAGUGCUUUGUGACCUUCAUACCUUUA